AUGAUAAAUUUUGUACUAUUUAUAAGCCUAUGCUUUGUUUUAGGGGGGUUAGCGGUUGCGUCUAACCCUUCUCCUUAUUAUGGGGUGGUGGGUCUGGUUGUGGCUUCUAUUGCGGGAUGUGGGUGACUGGUAAGUAUGGGGGUUUCUUUCAUUUCUUUAGUACUAGUUAUAGUGUAUUUAGGGGGAAUGCUAGUGGUAUUUGUUUAUUCGGUGUCGCUGGCAGCGGACCCUUAUCCUGAAUCUUGAGGUGACUGACGGGUUGUUGGUUAUGGUGUUGGUAUGGGGCUGGUUGUUGUUAUUGUGGGGGUUGUUACGGGGGCGUUUUCUGAAGUGGUUAUGGGGGGUGAUACGGUGAAUAAUGGAGGCCUGUCGUGAAUUCGAACUGAUUUUAGUGGAGUAGCUAUGUUUUACUCGUCUGGAUCAGGGCUGCUUUUAAUUGCAGGAUGAGGUCUACUGUUAACACUGUUUGUGGUUUUAGAACUUGUGCGGGGAUUAUCUCGGGGGGCAAUUCGGGCGGUUUAA